UUUUAACCUUUCCUGAACAAGAAGCUUUUCCUUCCCACAAAGCUAGCUUGCUAUCUAUGCGCUUAUGCAAACAAAGCUGAACUCCACAGAUGGCUCAGUCCGGUACCGAGCCAGCUAAAAGGAAAGAGAGGGACUUUAUCUUGCUCUCAGAGUUUGCAGAGAUACGCCACGGACCACAGCCAAUAUGCACUAUACCUGAUGGAGGCGAGGGUAGCUUCGAUACUUCCUCUUUCUCCGUGAGGAUAUUUAGCACUGACUUUCAACAAGGCCAAUCAGAGGAAUUUUCUGUGUCUCCAGACUCUCAAGUAUUAUUGACUGAAACAAGCGAUGGUCUGUUUGCUUAUGUGCAUUACUUUGCUCUUAAUGACAUUGAAGCAAGAGGCUACAUGCGUCAGUAUUGUCUCUCUUACCUAACGGCCUCUCCUUCAAAGCUCAUUGAUAGCUUCCAACGGAUUAAGAAAGACUUUAGUGAGGUCACGUCACUUUUUAAAUGUGGCAAUCAUAAAGUCUUUAGGCACGACCUUAAUGCCAGAUUGAAGGACAUUGAAUUCUCACUGGAUGAACUUAAUGAGGAUAAGCAAAGAGUUGAAGACAAUUCAUUGUAUAAUGGAUGCUACGAAGAUAUCCCUGAAAUGAACAAAAGUGUUUUACUCAAAGACAGAGAAUUUACAAAGAAAAUACUAGAUACGAUAAACUUUGAGAUGCAAUCUGAAACCAACAAGAAAUUUCAUGAAUUGAUCAGAAAUUGUGACUCAAACGAUGUUGUCAGAAAAAGAGGCAAUUCUAAUUUCUAUACUACAGCUAGCUUCACACAAAGUGUGCACAAGCCUAAAAGAAUAAUGGCCCAUUUGUCACAAAGAUUCACAAGACAGCAAAGGACACUAAAUGAGCUGUCUUCAUUGGGAUACCAACUAGCCAUCAACACUCUUAAAUCCUUAUUUGAGAAAUAUUGCAGAUCCGAGUUUGCAUUACGCAUGGAGCAAAUGGAGAGCGAGCUACUAAAUCCAUUGUCGUCCUUACUAACUGUUGGAAGAGUCCCAAUGAUCAAUGUCCUUCGAUCGGCAGUUUCCCCACCUCUUAAUUACAAGAUAAUAUCAUCAAGCGAUGAAGAGUCACUGUUUCAGAUCAGACAGCAAUUGAAAUUCAAUUCGUCGUCAUUAUUAAAUAAUGAAAACUGCAGCAGUGUAUUGCUGUAUUUAGAUCCACUGCCAAGGCAGCGUAUGGUUAGUGUGGUUGAUCCAUUAGGUACUCCACACAAUCACUCGCUCAUGCAAGUCGACCCUCGCUAUUCACGCCAUUCUUACGACCCACGCCAACCUAUCAAGGAAGACCCUUACGAGAAAGAAGACUUGGAGUACCACGAAAACUCUGACACCAAUACUCGCACUCAUAACGGUAUAUACCAUCAGUACGAUAACGAUAGGGACAACCCCAGGGAGUGGGAGGGGUCAGCUAGUCACGACGCCCACCAGUCUAACGAGAGAGUAUCCAGUUCGUACAAUACCCCUGAUCCCAUUCCUUCGCCCACACCCGAUAUGGUGGGAGAGGUACAUCCGUACGCCACACCGCCACAAAUCAAUCACAGUGACGUCAUUAAGAGACUGAGCGACAGUCAUAAGGAUCAAGAGCUAGUCGCAAGCGGCUCUACCAAGUCUACCGAAUAUAAAGAACCUAGUAACUCACUGGUAAUCGGAUCAAACGACUCAUCUCGAUCUGAGCUCAUUCACUCUCAGCCUCAGAUGAAUUCACAGUCUGUCCCUCCUAAUAAAUUAGAUCUUCAUUCAUUUGAUGAGUCCUCCAAUACCUACUAUACACCAGCUGUACCAUAUCCACCGAUGUUUAGUGGACUCCCUUCUCACCGUAGAGCAUCAGGGAUAUUUAACCAUCAUGAAGGCUACCCUUUUAUAUCAUCAGUUCAUCUAAUAGAGUCUUCAUCGCCUCACAAACCCGGCAAGGAACUGGUGUCAUUGUUUAAAGACGUUCCUGAACUGAGGGACAUUCUCUACUGCCUCCUGAUAGGGCGGCCAUUUGCAAUAAUAGCUAGUCAGAGAGAUGAGAAAUUAGUGAGGAGACAUAUUAGGGCAUUGUGGUUGUUUGUUGCUGGUUAUAGCAGUCAUCAUCAGGUUAUACCAUGGCAGGAAGAGCAGUUUGAUACUGAUCAAUUGGUCAAUGUGCGUUUAGUUGGAAUAUGUAAACCAACCAUUGACAGGGACCCACCAAUACCGCCUCACUUAGAAAAACAUGUUUCAUAUUGGGACUGGACAACCAACAUACUUAGUGUACCAACAUAUACAGGUAGUCUCCUUAAUCCUAUACUGACUAGAACUAGAGAUAAGAAGAAUGAAGAGCUCUUCAUGUCUCUCAUUGAAAGUAUCCUGUUAGAACUGGCCCUUAAAGCUUAUGUGUAUUAUCAUGGACAUUGCUUACAGUCAGAGGUGAUAGUGUCUAAACCAAUGUCACCAGUAGAACCAUCACCACGUAAAAUGCACUCUGUUGUCAAGAAAGACAAGGUUCAGUUCUUCAGUAAACUCCCAUUGAAGGAGAGCGACAUUAACAUUGUUGAGUACUUCACUCAUGUUAUUUCUGAGCAGCAGUUAUCCGAGUUGACUCGUGAGGGUAGCUACAGGCCACAAAAGGUUGUUCUAAAAGGUCACAAUUGCUCUACUAGAGUCUGCAAACCAAAGCGACUGACUUAAUCUUUUAUUUUUGAAACACUUCCCAUUUUUAUAUCGCACAAACGUGUGUGUGUGUGUAUGAGUGAAUUUUGUCACUGUAUAUCUGUUGUUGUUGAUAUUAUUAUUAUUAUUAUUAUUAUUAUUAUUAUGUCUUUAUGUUUUUGAGAUAAAACAGUGUGCAUAUUGACUAU